UUUAAAGACCGCUUUUUAUCGUCUUCGGAUAAUUUUCUUCUUAGACAAAAACUCACGCAACGAAAACAACUCCCUUCUGAAUCGGUUGAUAGUUUUGUAACUGACAUUCGUAGACGAUGUCAACGCUUAGGUAUAACUGAUGAUGAAGAGAUGCUACAUUUCUUUGUUACUGGUUUACUGCCCGAUAUACAGUCCCAUGUUAUUUUAAAUAAACCAGAUACAUUAGCGCAAGCCGAAGAAUUGGCUAAAUUAAAAAGUUUAGUUUCUUCAUCACCUUCAUUUUCUCUUUCGGACGUUCAAAGUCUGCAAAAAGAAUUUCUCUCACAAUUAACGGCGGCUCAGAAAAAAUUAGCGACGUUAGAACAGUCUAAGUCUGUCGCAGUUUUUGAUCAGAAACCUAAUUCUACUUCUAAGACCUUUGAYACUAGGGAACUACGUCAAGUUAUUAGGCAAGAACUUGAUAAUUAUAAUCUUCGUCCACAAAACGGUAAUCGUCAACAGCAAAAUCAAUCCUCUCGAAAUUUUAAUCCAAAUUAUCGACCACGUUAUAAUGCGCGUGGGUCUUUUGGCAAUAAUGAUUAUCGUACGGUUUCAGGUAAYCCGAUUUGUCGUMUYUGUMGACAAAUCGGUCACGUAGCCCGUAAUUGUCAGAAUACGCCACGUAAUCCUCGCCCUCCAGGGCCCCCUCAAGUUUUCCAAUCGCCAAACUCUCAAUAUUAUGCAAAUCCUGCCCCUCAGCAAAAUUAUUCUCCUCCAGGYCCCCCACAAGCUUUUKCUAACCCCCCUCCUCCCYCCCAACAGUAUUAUCCUYGUCCCUCACAACCMCAACAGCAAUUUUCAACYCCUCCCCAGCAGCAGGGAAACUAAUCCAGUCUCACGGAUAUGGAGAGYUCCGUGRGACUGCCCUUGACCCAAAUUUAAAUACCCUAUGUACAUAUGAUACUUUUGAUUAUUCUACCAUUGAUUUUGAUGAUACAUCAUGUAAUYCAAUUAGYUCGAGUGAUUUUAGUAAUGCCGUUAACACUUGUAGUUUUGAUGUUUUUGAUGAAAGGUCAGUUUUCUCUCCAAAUUUGGCCUCUAAUGUUCCGGACAAUGUGUCGGAUUCUUUUCAAUGGCAAAAUCAGCCAAGUCAGGGUCAUCAUAGUGUUUCAUCGCCUUUGCAUGACGUCAAUUUUCCUCCUACGCACUUUUUCUCUGUGGCGCACCAAGACCCUGCACUUAAUUUAUUUCAAUAUGAGUCUGGUAGUUAUAUUUCWGAUUUUGAUAGUCAAGUUACUGACGCUACUAGUCAGGAGUAUGAUUUUUUGCCUAGUAAUGACUUCUUGCAUCAACUUGAUAGUCAUAAUGUGGUCCAACCGUGUGCAAUGGUUGAAAUUGCGAGUCAGGAAAAUCGGAAGGACAGUACUGUCGUCACACACCAGCCUUUUGUGCCAUACAAUCAGAUGUUCCUUUCGACUUCUGCUGUAAUGCCUCCUUCUAGUUUUUACGCGCCUACAUCUUUUCAGAGUUCUUCUCUUAUGUAUGGUGCUUCUUUUUGUGAUCGCGACAUCAUACACGCGACAUUACAUUCUUCUACACCUGCUCAGCAAGUCUUGCCACACGCGCCUAGUGACGUUAUACAUGAUGAUCCCUUGACGUAUAAUCAUAAUGAUACAUUGUCUGCUAAGGAGACAGGCGAACAACAUAGUCCUAGUAUAGUCGAAGAUGAUAAAAUUGAAUCACAUAAAGUUACUGARGUUGAUUCCGUUGAGGAUAAUUUUCUUCAAGCUAUUGAGCUUAAUAUUUUUGAUGACUGUGAUCAACAUAAGCUUUUAAACASCCCCAAACRRCCCUUGUUGAUAGUAUCGGAUAGUUGCCCACAUGUUGAAGUUCUUGUCGAAACAGAAAAAGUCAAUGAAAUUGAAGCGCCCAAUGUUAGUUUAUUCUUGACAUCUGAUGAAGUUCCAGAUAAUAAUUUAAGUUUACAAAAGACAGCAGAAGUACCUGCUGGUGAAAGUUUUAAUGAAAAUAAGGAAAAUGCAAUUAAUGCAAUAAAUUUUACAGAUGUUACAAAGAAUUUGUCAGUCCAGGGCAAAAUUUUUAAUAAGUCAUAUAUAUUUCUUUGCGAUACGGGUGCAACAAAUACAGUUAUUGAUAUACAAGUUUACAAUAAUGUUCCAGAGUUGAACGAAUUUCCGCUGACCACAAGUCCUUAUAAUCCAUUAAGGUCGGUUACAGGCAACCAAAUUAGUAUUCAAGGGCAAGUUGAUAUACCUUUUGAGAUUGAUAAUCAAAUUUAUAAAUUUCCCGCCCUUGUUGUGGACGGUUUACCAUAUGAUGUUAUUCUAGGUAAUGAUUUCCUAGACUUUUUUAAGACUGUUAUUAAUUUAGAGAAGCGUAUUCUUUCUUUCGAAACCGAUCACGAGUCUCACCAACUUCACAAUCAGAGUUCAGACUAUACAACAUGUAAGGUCUCUGCGCGUCAGACCUCUACAAUGCCUACAUUUAACAAGAGUAUUGUUUCUGCUUUUGAUUGCAUUCCAUUCGAUUUUGGGACUUUCCAUGAAUUCCCAUUUGAUCCGGGUGGUCAAAUCUAUUGAUCUGAGCUGGACAGGUCAGGAUCUAGACAAGUUAAUUACCCCCGCGACCAACACCCUGCUUUGAGUUAGACUUGGAAUCCGUUUUGACUCACGAGAUUAAACUCAGUACACUGAACAGAAUCACUAAAUUACUCCUUCUUUUAAUUGAAGUUCAGGAUAUAGUCACUCAGUUUGCCCAUUUGAGGAACCGUGCACUUAUUGGUUUUAACGAUUUGCCACAAUCRGUUAUUUCUGCUGUUUCACAUCACUUUAAAAAGUUGCCCGGUAUGUCUUUAACUGUACAAGCUUUAGACGAGGGUUUUCCUUUGUUAAUUAAUCCAAUUACGGAAUAUUCUCAUUCUCCAAGGCAAAUGGUUUUGACUACCUUAGUCACUGUUCCUCGAAUUGUUAGUGAAGAUUCGCUGUGUACUGUUGAGACACUUGUACCAUUGAAAUAUCMAAUUAAGGAUAAGUGUUUUACUGGUCCAUUAGCUAGACAAGAUUUAGUUCUAAUUUCCUGUAAGCGUAAGCAAUUUGUGUUAAAGGCUGAUGUGUUAAGUGCAUGYUUCUCACAACCUAAUGCCCAUAUCUGUCCUCACUCUGUCCUACGAGAUGCCAACGAUACRUCAUGGAUUGGUCUUCCAUGGGUCGCAGAUACCAAGCUGAACUAUGACCGUAAUCAUAUUUACACCACUUGUGAUGAUUCUGAUACCUUACAUCAUCUUGGAGGUCGUUAUUACCUCUCUACUACAACUCAAAACAUUGAACUUUCCAAAGGAACAUUGCAAAUGACACCAUUGUCUAUAUAUCACAUACCRUGUAAUGAAACAAAUCCUAAACUCAAAACUGGCUUUGGGAAUUGUCCCGAAACGCUGAAAGUCUCAAUACCAAUAUUUCAAGAACAAUCAGUGAAUUAUAUUCCAUGGAUUCCACCGAAAAUGGAUUCUGCUUAUGAAUUGCACUACAAAUCAUUAAACAUUUCUCCUCCAUUAAAGUUUAACAAGUCUAUCAUCAAUGCAUUAGACAAAACAUUUGUUCGCCUUGAUGGCCAACUGCAGAAAAAAAUGAAACUUAUAUACAAAGAAAUUGAUGCUAUCAAGGAAACYCAAGAAACWGAAAAAGCYUUCAUCGUUGGAUGUAUCGCUUUAAGUCUUGCUGSUCUCAACUCGUUCUUCUUAAUUGCCUUUUGUUGUUGCUUCAACAAAGUUUCAAAAUUCAUCGCUGGACCAACUGAUGCAGUAUCUCACUUUGCUGCCAGGUUCACAAASGCUCCUCCAAAACCACCUAGACAACCUGCACCAYCUACWCAACCUGAUGCUGAUCAUGAUGAUCACCCUAACUGUGUUGGAUGUAAUCAACCUUUURAUGGACAAAUAUCUGUACAUCCUUCWGAUGAUGAAUCUUCUCAUGAUGAACAAUGARUUAGUGUAYAUAAUGACAUUGAACUGUGAAUUCGUCACAAACAAAUGAACUAUUUUCCUAUAUUUUUAUAUUUUCGAGUGGCUUUUACCUUGUCCAAUAUUCAAGUCAAAAGCUCUAUUGGUGAUAGUAAGUACAAAUAUUAUUCUGUGUAUGUUAAAAGAAAAAAAAGAAAAAACAUUUUAAAAACACAAAAAAAUUAUGCAAUAUUAAAAAACUACUAUGCCUAUAAUGCUAGAUUGACAAAAGGUAAUUCACUGCAUUACCUACUUAAUGAAGUGUGUGCUAAAAACAGGCAAAAUAUAUUAUCAACAAAGAUAAAAAAAAAAAGACAAGAAACAAA